AUGCCAAACCCGGGUGGUUACGCCCUCGUCCUCAACCCUACCAUCGUCGCGCCCCGGCGCACGUGCAAGUUCUCCCGGGUUCUCAUCGACGACGGCAGCAGCAUCAACAUCCUCUAUCGCAACACCAUUACCAAGCUCGGCCUCGAGGCCAAGGACCUGGAGCCAACCCAGACGAUCUUCCACGGCAUCGUUCCCAGCAUCUCCUGCUCUCCGACCGGCCGUGUCCAGCUCGACGUCCUGUUUGGCAACAGCGACCACUUCCGACGCGAGCCGCUCUGGUUCGAGGUGGUGGAUCUUUCCAACGCGUACCAUGCACUGCUAGGCCGGCCUGCACUCGCCAAGUUCAUGGCAGUCCCCCACUACACUUACCUGAAAAUGAAGCUGUCGGGUCCAAAGGGCCUUAUCACCAUCACCGGCGAUUAUCGCAAGUCCCUGGAGUGCGCUCGACACGGCACCAAACUGGCCGAGUCGCUGGUCAUAGCCGAGGAGCGGCGCAAGCUCAACCGGAUCGUCGCCCUGGCCAGCGAGAUGCCGGCCGUGCCGAUCCCGGCCGAGGAGCCGACCGACGAGGCCUCGUUCAAGCCCUCCAAAGAGACCAAGAAAGUGAAGCUGAACCUGGACGCCCCUAGCUGCAGCAAGUAUGUUGUCGUAGGCACCCGCCUUGACAGCAAAUAG